GGCAGAAGAAGAAGAUUAAGUCGCAACGCAAACAGUUAUCAGUUAUUUAUGGAAUUUUUGGUUUAUUAAUUAGUGAUGUGUUAUGUGUUGUUGCUUCGCAUUUAACAAGUUCACCCUUUUAUCAGGCCUUGAUCUUUCUCUAGUAGUGAUAACAUAAUUUAAUGGUGGUAAUGUACAAAGUGGAAUACUCCUUUUGCAAAUAAUUUUUUCAAUAUUGUUACAAAAUAUACAGUGAACAAAGAAAAUGUAUACAAUGCAACAUGUCACUCGUGAAGAAAAACCUGAAAAAGAGUGCAUACAUUCAGGACACUUUAUGGUUUCUACGUUCGAGGCAGAAGAACAGGACGACGAGGACAACGUAGCUGUUCCAAUUCCAGAAAAUACAUCAGAUACUGUGACUGUGUCUGUUCCGCUGCCUCUUGUGUCAGUUAAACCUAAAAAUGCACAUAUCUCCAAGGAACUACAGAGGAAUCACCAGCAGCUUUCUAUUGAUACCAGUUUAUCUAAACUCUUUCAAGCUAUGUCCUUGGCUUACAGACAAAAACUGACCUCGCCGAAAUGGAAUAGAUUUCGAGGAAUAAGACUUAGAUGGAAAGAUAAAAUUCGUCUAAAUAAUGUUAUUUGGAGGUGCUGGCAUUUGCAGUUUAUUAAGAAAGAAAAUACUUUGAUUUGCCAAUUCGCUUCGCCUUUGGAUGUAGAUACUCACAAUAAACCUGAGGCUGUGGUUUUGGAAGGAAAAUAUUGGAAACGAAAAUUAGCUGCUGUCACAGCUGAAUACAAAAGAUGGCGGAUGUUUUACAGAAACAACAUCUUGGGUCACAACAGAGAUGCCGCAGAUCAACUGUUAGAAAUAGACUUGUUGGGAUGGGAUUCAGGAAGUUCCGAAAAUAUCGACAAUAUUAUGAUGGUGGACGAGGACUAUAUGGGACUUAUGAGCGAUACAUUAUUUUCUACAAUCACUAAUCAACCAUUUGUGUUCCCGGAUUCUAGGGAAAUUGCGAAAGCUGGUUUAGCCGAUUUUAUUCAACCAAGUUUGGGUCCUCUACAACCUAACUUAGAGGAUUAUAUGGAUUUGGAUCCAUUUCAAGCAUUAAUUGGCAGCAAACUUGCAACAGUUCCUGAGGAAAUCCCAUCAUCCCAACAACCUACAGGAUGGGGUUAUAUGGACAAUGGUUUGAACAGUCCAGAGGCUUCUAUGGAGGUACCAUCAUUGGAUCCUCCUAUACAAGUAUCUCAAUACCAAGUGCAGUCAGAAAUAGUAGAAGCACAAAAGCCACAAAUGGCUCCUCCAAGUUAUAAUAAUAUGUCGCAACAACAAUAUGUUGUUCCGGCACCAGUACCAACUUAUCCCUCUGUGAUAUCAAAGAACAAUGUAAAGACUUCAAAGAGUAUGCCCUCAAGAAGUAAUAUGGUGUAUAGUAAAUCUAUGGAUAAUAUUUAUCCAACUUAUUCUCAACAAAAUCGAUCAGAUCAAGUUGUAGAUCGAAUUAUAAUGACUGACACAUCACAAAUUCAACAAGUACCUACACAACAACCGCAGCACUCUCCUCAACAUCAGCAUCAACUACAGCAAGAAUAUGUAGAGUACAAAUUAGUGACAAUGCCACAUGAAGAUCCCAAACAAGGUUAUAAAUUUUCAGUUGUGACUACUCCAAGUAUAAAAUUCACCUCACCACAGGUACAUCCUCAAAUGAUGCAAUCUUAUUCUAGCCUCUCUCAGUAUAGUAGUCUCCCUCACGCUAAUGAAGAUAAACCAAGGCGCAGGGGAGGAACAAGAGGACGAGGAAGAUCAAGAUCAAAUACAAGGGAACCUAUCAAAAGACCUCCUCUUGUGUCGGCAGCUAGUGAUCCAUCAUUACUUACUCCACAAAACAGCGUCUUAUUGACGCAGUUAUUGACUAAUAGUACGAAUCACGCUAGUACCAUAUACAACCGUAGUGUAAGUCAUGGUUCACUAGAAAGGAUUCCCAGUCAGGUGCGAAUCAAAGAAGAAAAAAAUUCUGGUCCGGUUUUAUCUCAAGCCUCUUCAACAACUAUUAUCUUACCAGCUCAAGUUAGCAUGACUACCGUACAGUCUCCUACCACAGAUCCUGUUAGUCCUAUACUUUUAAAUUCAUAUAGCAACUCAAACAGCCCCAUAAUGGAUCCCUUGUCACAAAAUAUUCACUCUCCGACAUCAUCACAAGGUUCAGUUGGUUCUCCUGGUGGGGAAGGUUCGAGUCACCGUGAUAGAAGGGCUGUGCAUAUACACGCCGAACAGAAGCGGCGGUAUAAUAUCAAAAAUGGUUUUGAUAUGAUCCAUUCACUUAUACCACACCUUAAUCAAAAUCCUAAUGCCAAGUUAAGUAAGGCAGCUAUGUUACAAAAAGGAGCUGAAUAUAUCAGGCAGUUAAGGGACGAAAGAAGUAAACUGAAAGCAGAAAUGGACUCCUUGCGGCAACAGAUUGAAACACUUAAUUCGGCUAUCAGUAACUGUCAGUCGAUGUUACCAGCCACGGGUGCUCCUGUUUCCAGAAGGAGGGACAGCAGAAUGCAAGAAAUGUUUGAAGAAUACGUAAGGAUGCGAACCAUGGAUACUUGGAAGUUUUGGAUCUUUGGAUUAAUUUUCAAGCCAUUAUUAAAUUCUUUUAACAAUUUUGUGUCGAGUUCUAGUCUUGAUGACCUUUAUCGAUCAACAAUGCUUUGGACAGAACAGCAUUGUACGCUUGGAGAUCUCAGGCCAGUGGUGCUUAACUCACUGAAGUACCUGUGCACUACAACAGAUGUUCUGACAAAACCGGAGAAGUUACCAGAAGAAACACAACAGUUAGCCCAGAGUAAACGUCUCAACAAAUAGUUUUUAUUUUUUAAAUUGAAUAACCGAUACGUACAAUUUGCUCAUGAAUAUUUAAAGCGCGUUUUGUUUUUAUUUAAUUUUAAAGAGUGGUCCACAAAAAAUAUUUCUAAAGUAGGACAUGAACGACAAAGACAGAUACCAGUUAUGUCCGUGAUAACUAUGUACUAAAUCCAUACUGACACUGAAAUAGAAGAAUUGUACCCUUCGACAUACGUGCAUUUUUCCAAGACCUACUUUAGAAAUAUUUUUGUGGUUCACUCUAUAUAAUAGUUCUAUAAAAUCCGUUAGAUCUUGCGAAUAAGACUCAUUAUAUUUUUUACUUUUUUAACUUUAAAUCAUUGAUAGGAUUGAAACAGAUUGGUCUCAUUUAAGAGGAUGUCUCGAUUCGAAACUUUUGUAGGACAAUUUUUUACAAUUUGUAUUUAUUUUAAUACAAAAAUUCUGAAUAAUUAAGGGAUAAAGUAUCUUAAAUCGGCAGAAAAUUUAUAAAAUUAUUUUUUUUUUUAUUCUUUGUGUUAAAUAAAAAUAGAUUUAAAAAUAUAUCGACACCCACAUCGCAGAAGAUUGUAUCUCACGAUACGUCCUUUUUAAAUUCAGCCACAGACGUAUUUAGCAAAAUGAGGCGAAUCCAUCAGUAUAAAAAACGUAUCUCGAUUUGCAUUGGCUUGGUUGAUACUCGUUUGAAAAGUUACGUGCACCAUUUCUGUCUUAAAAAGGCAGUAACACGUGCCAUAUACCUCUUUAUCUGCGUUAAAUUUUGUAGUUUCGAAUAAUAUGCAGCAUUGAAAGAUUGUAAAAUGAGUUACAGCCUUCUUGUUUGCAUAUUUUUUUAAUGUAGAAAUAAAAAUAUACCUACAUAUUUCUUAUUGUAUCAUGGUUGUAUCAAACUUACUACCCUAUUCUGUGAAGUGUUAUGUUAAAUGUCAAGGUUGUAUCUCAAUCAAACUCAACUUGGUAAUUAUUUAUAAAAUUUAAACAUUCAUUAUCUCAUAGUUUUCUAAUUAUGCUAUUUGUUAACUAUUGAAGUAUUAAACAGUUUCACCACAAAUAUUAAAAAAAAAUCGUUUUUUAGUUUUCUGACUUUUCUGAAAAUCACUAAAAUUGAGUUACAAACUUCUUCGAUGGGGAUGUCGAUUUGCUCAUAUUUUAUAAAGGCUAAUUCCGUUGGUAAGAGCGGUAUGCGAAGAAGAUAAAUAGGUGGGUUCAAAUUCCUCCGAGGACUGAAUUUUUUCAUUUAACUUGUUUUUACCUUGGAGGUUACAAAAUAAUAUUUCAUUAUUUAAUAAUAAAAGAUUUUUAUUUUUAAAUACUUGGUGAAGUUCAGCUUAUUGCUCCACUCAACCGAAAUAAAUUAUUAAUAAUUAAAAUUGAUGCAAUAUAAAAUUCAUACAAAUAAUAUAAAAUCAAUACAAAAAUAGAACAUUAAUACAAAAAAAAAUCAAUACAAAAAAAUUAAACAUAUUUAAAAUCUAUGUAUGAUUUAAAACUGCUGAGUGACGAUUUGCUUUUGACAUUUUUAGGCAUUUCAAUAAGUAAUUUUCUGGCAUUAUAUGAAAAUGAUCUUUGAUAAACAAACGUUUUUAUGUUUAUUGACUACAAAAAGAUAUCUGUACCUCGUAUGACGGUUAUGGAUGGAAGAUCUGACCUUUAACUUGUUACAAGUUAUAAAAGUAUUUUUAAAAAAACCGACUUUAAAAUCGUGCAGAUGCCAUCUCCACAUUUUGACCACAUUUAUAAGGGACCACCCCUGAGGUACUCCCUUACUAACAAAAAAAAAAAAAGAAUCUGAGAAAUCGGACAAGAUGGUGAAGAAUUGCCGCUAAACAUACAUAAAAAAUGAAGAGUUUGAGAAUUUUCUAAUGGACCCAAUUAUUAGAUUUUGACAGAAUUGAUAUGGAACCACUCCUGAAGUACCCCCUUUCUAACAAAAAAAGAAUCAUUGAAAUCGGACAUCGUGUUAAAGAAUUAUCGCUGAAAAUACAUAAAAAAAAAUAUUACGAGGAAUUGAGAACCUCCUCCUUUUUUGAAGUAGGUUAAAAAUAUAAAAUGGGAUUUUAACACUUUAUAAAACCAGACAAGCUAAAUGAACUUUUCUUUGAUUAUACAUAUUCAGCCAUCCCAACUCUGAUAAUUUUUCUGACACAUUCUUUGAUCUUCGAAGUAAGCAAUUGUAUUGAAUUUCUAUGAUUAUGGAUCCUUCUUUCGAGUAUUAUUAAGGCAGUAAUUCCUGAAAAGCCCUACAAGAAAGGGAAGACGACUUAUUCUACAUGCUGAUUCUGAAGAAAGUUUUUGUAGAAAAUGCAUUAUUGGUUUUUAAGGCAAAAAGACGGGAGAUUACCAUCAAGAGAUGAAUUCCAAAGUAUUUUAGAAAAACUAACAACUUAUUACUGAUUUUUUAAAACAAAAUUGAUAAAUUUCUUAUCAAAAUGAUUAAAAAGUAACUAAAGUAAAUUUUAUUUAUUAGAAAAUAAUAAAACUUUUUACAAAAUUGUUAAUUCACAUUUAAAACAACAUGUACAUUAGAGAUAAUCUUAAUUUAGCAUAAAGAGCUAACAUUACUUCCACAACUAAUAUUUUAAAAAUAUCUACUUAACAUUAAUACGUAGGUACGUAUGAAUAGUUCACUUUAAAUUAAAAAAUAUAGGUAAAGUUUACAACUAGAGUUAUAUGGACCUACAAUAUUGUUUUAGUAAUGACAAUAUAAUUAAUGUUGACAUGUACUGUUAUGAAAAUGUUGGUUCCAGUUUUCAAAACAAAUCCUAAUUCAUAGACCUGUAAACUUUUGAAUGCCUUCAUUUGCCCUUUAUAACGUAUUUCUUAUAGGAGGAAUUCCAGUUACUGAGUGAUCCAGUUGCCAUUCACUGAUUACUUUUACUUAAGUUUAUACCUAUAACAAAUAUAUCUUUGAAAAUGUAAAAACAUCAUAUCUCUAUAUUUUAUACUAACCUGUAUCUGGAUAUUCUUUUAACAAUUUUUUUUAAAUAUUCAAUAUCCAUUUUAAAAACUUUUUUUGAUAACGUCAACAAAUCAACGACCAUAUUGAAAAUUCAUUUGACAGUGACAGUUCGUUUUAGACAUACUUUUCAAAUUACAAUAAUGAGAUAUUUACGACCGUUGUCUGGAACCAAACAAAAAAUCGACUCCUAUGACAUUUAAUUGUUCCUUAACCCCUCAUUGGCCGUUCGCCGACUAGGGCCGAUAAUAACUAUUACAUACAUUUUGAACACUACUAUAUUUCGGAACACGCUCUUAGUAACGAAUCUAGUUACUUCUCCCUGUGUAAAUGCGUCUUUUUAAUUCGCUCCUCCUAAUUUAAAAACAGAGUAUAGUUAGGAGGUAAACAUAUCGAAAGUCCCCGCUCGUAGCCUUUGAGCCGGGAGGGAAAAGGGUUUUUCGCUUAUAUCUCGGAAACUAUGCCUCCUAGCGACAUGACCAUACAAUAUGAAAUUAAAGCUUAUUAAAUUGUCUAUAAGUUUUACCUAAUCAAGUUUUUCGAUAUCUUGUAUAGUUUUCGAUAUAUCAGCUCUUGAAAGUCUGUAAUUUUGGAAAAAAAAAUUACCUCACAUAUUUUGCUCUUUUUGAACGGAUAACUCUUCAACGAUGCACCCAAAAAAGUAAAUGCCGACCAUAGGGUUGUAGAGAAUUAAAUUCCCUUCAAUAAUAUAUAUUACUUUACUAUUUUAUCUAUUUUCCUUCAAAUGUUAAAGCAAUUUCAAAAUUGAGCGUGAAAUUUGAAAUUUUGCGACAAUUGUCGACCAAUGAAUUCCCAGUCAACGUAUUGGCCGAAAUAUGCACCAUUAUGUACUUAUAGUGAGUACUGGGCGUCUAAAUAGAGCACAGAUAAUCAUUUUAGAGUAUAUAGUUGUGGGCCCUAUGACCAGGUUCCUCACACUUAAUUGAAGAAUAUCUAGACCAUUUUAAUGGGAUAAUAGGUUGCUAUGACCAUGCUUCUGCUUGUAUGAGUAUUUUUAAGAUGAGAUGGUUUUAUAAAUCACAAUCAUUAACUGAAAAAACGUUAAUUGACAUAGAAAAGUGAAUUAACAUAAAACAUUACUGUAUGUAACAUUGAGUCAAUUUCUUGCUCUCUUGGGGUGUGAAGGCUCUUCAUCCUCGUCUUCGUAUGUGACUAAUUCGUACUAAAUUUUCAAUUACGGCUAGUAAAUAAAGCUCUCCAAUUUAUAGACUAGCCGGUAAUGACAUAUUUUGUGCAUCGUUUGUUUAAUGUAUGCAUCUUUUAACUUAUGAUAAUUAUAGGUUUUUAACAUGUUCUCGCCAAUUAUAUAACAGUGCUCGUAUGCAGCGGCGUCACCAAACAAAUUGGAAUUUGUUUUGAAAAUGGAUAAUUCCAAACGAUUAGUAAAUGUAUGCAAAUCUUUCUUUGUUCAAAUUUGAAAAAAAUAUACCGCGGAAAAUAAUCUGCUUACGCCUCCUUCGUGUACUACGUCCCGAAAUUGUUAAUUGAACAUGUAAAAAAGAAAAAGUAUUGAAGAACAAUUAUUUAACGUAUGCUUUUUCACAGCAUUUUUGUUGUGAAAUAGACCACGAAAAGCUACUUUGCAUACAAUCGCAUCGUGCAUAUACAUUGUGGUAAUUUCGCACUUUUUUGUAAUUACUCGGAAUAAUGAUUUAAUGUAUUCACGAAAAAAAUUUGCAGACAUUUUGCAAGUGUUUAAGAUAUUUGCAUACGCUAAAAUAGGUCGCAAAAAAGGACGAAAAUAAUUCCAAAUAUCGUUGAACAAUUCUUAAACGAAUGCUAUUGGAAAUAGUGACAAAUUACGUAAAAAUAUUCAUAUAUUAUGCAGGGUGUCCCAUUAAUGCGUAAUUGCUCGAUAAAUCAAAUAAAAGUUAUAUGGAUUUGAAAAAAGCAUUUUAAAAAUAUUGGAUAUACAGGAUGUUACGUUUCUGUCUGGAAAAUAUAAAUGGAUAUUUUUUAAAUGAAACGACCUAUGUUUUGUUUCAGUUUUAUAAUGGUCUGGUAAUACUGUAUUAAACUCUAAAAUGGUUUUAAAAAAUAUUGCAUUGUUGCCAAGCAAUUAUUUUUUUGUGAAAUUAGAAAAUGAUGCAGACCCCAAAUAAAAUUAUAAUUUAGAUAGGUUAGCAAUGAUUUCAAAAUUGUUUAAAAUACAAACUUAUAAGAUACAAAGCUAAAGAAUGGUGCUGAUGGAACUGGUUUAUUUUAUACAGAGUGUUUUGAAACAUGUCUUAAAUAUGGCUAAUUUUCAGUUCAAUUUACUCGUUUUUUUUUUUCAAAUGCAACAGUCUGUAUAUUAUUUAAGCAUAAAAUUCCUAUACAGAUAUGUCUAAAGCAUUCGAUAGUGUCUGCCACAAGUUGCUAGCUCAGAAACUUUCUCAGAUUGGCAUGGUAGCUAUUUGAAAUGGACCAACUCUUACUUAACAGAACGUUCUCAUCGUGUUCUGGUUCAUCAUUCAGAAUCUUGUGAUAUAUCGGUGACGUACGGUGUUCCUCAAGAUUCGCACAUUGGUCCCGUUCUAUUUCUAUUAUAAACGACGUAACAAAUUGUUUCUUAAAUAGUUGCUAUCUUUUGUUUGCAGACGACCUAGUUUUUUAGACAAAAACUAGUGAUAACUCUGCCUUACAAUCAGAAAUGGUGCAAAAUCAAUCGUCUGCUUCUUAACGUUAGCGAAUGUGCUACGAUUUAUUUUACAAGAUCCCUAACUUAUCGACAAUGUAUAUAAAGUAGAUAGUGCCUCAACCAGUCGGACAUUUAACCAACAUGCUGAAUCUAUCGUUUGAAGGAAUUUAGAAUGCUUGGCUUCAUCAUGCGUCACAUUUACGAUAUCAAGGCUAUUAUGUCCCUUUACAACUGUUUAGUUUGCAGCAUUAUUGAAUACUGUGCUGUAGUCUGGAUGCCAAUCCACAUUAACAGAAUUGAACGGGUACAACGAAAGUUCGUUGAGUAUAUUCUGUUUAAGUUUCGUUUUCCAUGCCAGAGUACAUCAUACGAAACGCGUUUGCUACUAUGUUUGUAGUCACUUGAAGCAAGAAGAAAACAAUCUGUUCCUUUGUUCCUUUUUAAAUUACUCGAUGGAGUAAUCUCCUGUAACAUUCUUUUGGAAAAUAUCACCAUUUUCUGACUCCUUCUCGGCGAACACGACACACCUCUGUUCUACAUUAGACAACAUCGAACCAACUAUGGACAAAGGGCAUUUUCUGACCGUAUUUGCCUAAACUAUUAAUAAGUUUUAUCCUAAAUGUGACAUAUUCAAUGUAAGCUUACCAGUUUUGGAAAUUAUUACAUCUAAUUUAGUGAAAUUACAUCUAAUUUGGUUAAAUAAUAUAUAACUAACGAUUCCAUUUUGAGGGGGGGGGGUUCAGUUACAAUAAAAUAGGUUGAAUUAUUUUAGCUUUUUUAAUGUAAAUAAUUUUGUAAACAAAGUGAGAAUAAUGAAAUAGGCAUGAUAACAGCGGAUAUUAUACCCUCCUGUGUAGAAUAUGGCUUACUUACGACAGCACCAUAUUUGUUAUGCAGUUACAUAUCCUGUUAUCUCUGAUAAAACCAGACAUAACUUGAAUAUCGCUAGUCAUACAGAGUCCGAAAAAUGUAUGCUAGCAAAUCCUACCUUUAUAUUUUUUACUAUAUUGAAAUUUAAGAAGAUCAAAGAAUAUAACAUCACAUUUCAUCAGAAUAUAUUACUUAACAUUAUUAAACACAAUUUUUUAUUACUGCCAAAACUUUAUUUAUUGUGCAUGGUUGUAAAAUAUUGUCUUCAAAGGUUUUUGCGAAUCUAGCUUAAAUAUUAAAAAUGUUAUUUUUUUUUGACUACACCCUUUUAGUACAAUUAUAGUUUAAGGUUAAUAUGUUCGAUGUGUGCAGUGUUGUAUACUGUAAUAUGAUUUUCUUCGUAGUGCCUUAAAUAAUGAAGA